UGCGUGUAGCGGUUGACGGGGUCUUCGUCUUCGUCGUCGUCGACUGAGGGGGACGUAAGAUGGCGGAGCUGCAGGAAGGGAAGCGGUACGGCGUGUCCUGCGGGAAAGAGGAUCAUGUUUCUUCUCAACCUUCAGUUGAGUUUCAAGGAUCCCAAGGGCUUCUUAAAAUUCCCAAAGUUGAUUCGUCAAACGAAACACAUACUUUUAACUUCCACAUGACAAACGUUGGUAAAGAUAAUCCUCAGGGAAGCUUUGACUGCGUCCAGCAAAUGGACUCAAGCUCUGGAUCCUCGCAACUCAGUUGCCUGGGACUAAUACAGAAUAAAAUUACGGUAUGUGCAACAAGUGAUUCCUACGCGAUGACCAAAGAGCGUGUGACCCAGGCAGAAGAGGAGUCACGCAAUCGAAGCACAAAGGUUAUUAAACCUAGUGAACCAUUUUUAGGAAGAAGAGCACAGGUCAGAAAAGCACCCCAAAGCAGUACAGAUACUGCGCCUGAGAGAAAGAGGUCAACGCUCACGAACCCUGCAAACACAAUACGAAAGAAUCCCGCACGCAAUACUGUUUUUCAUCGACCAUACAGGGACAGGGUGAUUCACUUACUGGCCCUGAGGAAUUACAAGAAACCUGAGUUACUAGCUCGCUUGCAGAGAGAUGGCGUCAGCCAAAAGGACAAGAAUUCUCUUGGAGCUAUCCUGCAUCAGGUAGCCUGCCUGAAUCCAAAGGAUAAUUCUUACAGUCUGAAGGACUAUGUAUUUAAAGACAUUCAAAAAGAUUGGCCUGGAUACAGUGAAACAGAUAAAGAGUCAUUGGAGUUAAUACUUUCUAGAAAAUUAAACCCACCUCAGAAUGCCGCCAGCACCAGCCAUUUGGACUCUUCUGAAACUUCUGAUAAAGGCGCUGAAUCAACCUCUCAGAUGGACGCUCUGCCAAAGACCACAGAAAACCGAAGGGCUCAGAAACGGCCUUUGAGUUCCAAUUUUAUCGAUCCUCUGAUGAACAAAAGGCAGAGGAUAUCUCACCUGAGCAGUCGAGCCCAGCCAUCGUGCAGCAGCCACCUGGUUGCCUCCAGCGAGAAGGCCACUGCUGACUCUCCGCCGCUGCUUCCCCGCCCAGCAGCUGCUGCUGCUCCCGCUUCUGUGCAGCUGCCUUGCACACUCCCUUCCACUUCCAACCCUCCUCAAAGUGCCAGCUCCAGCUCCCCCAGCACCCCUGAGGGGGGCGGGACACAAGACGUUCCAGUGGACAGCUUAGGUCAAAAUAGCAGUAGCAAACAUGAGGACCAGCAGCAAAGAUGUGUCUUUCAGACUCCCACGUGGAUCCAAGUGCCUGCUGCGUGGCGGAUGAAACCUCCCAAGAUCAAGGGCAAGAAGCGUAGUGUAACGCUGCUCCAGAGGCCCACGGAACUGUGCCAAAAUCUCAAGGUGAUGCCUGAGAAGCCCACGGGGAUGUGCCGAAGGCUCAUGGCGCUGCACCAGAAGACCAUGGCGAAGUCACCGGCGCAGCCCCCAAAGCGCAAGGCAAAGCCGCCAGCGCAGCCCCCAAAGACCACAGCGAAGCCGCCAGCGCAGCCCCCAAAGACCACAGCGAAGCCGCCAGCGCAGGCCCCGAAGACCACAGCGAAGCCGCCAGCGCAGCCCCCGAAGACCACGGCGCAGCCCCCGAAGACCACGGUGCAGCCCCCGAAGACCACGGCGCAGCCCCCGAAGACCACGGCGCAGCCCCCGGUGCAGCCCCCGAAGACCACGGCGCAGCCCCCGAAGACCACGGCGCAGCCCCCGGUGCAGCCCCCGAAGACCACGGUGCAGCCCCCGAAGUUCGUGCCGCUGUCCCCGAAGAUCAAGGUGCAGCCCCCAAAGUUCGUGCCGCUGUCCCCGAAGACCACGGUGCAGCCCCCGAAGUUCGUGCCGCUGUCCCCGAAGAUCAAGGUGCAGCCCCCGAAGUUCGUGCCGCUGUCCCCGAAGAUCAAGGUGCAGCCCCCGAAGUUCGUGCCGCUGUCCCCAGAGUUCGCGGCGCAGCCCCCGAAGUUCACACCGCUGUCCCCGGAGUUCGUGCCGCUGUCCCCAGAGUUCACGGUGCUGUCCCCGAAGUUCAUGGCGCUGCCCCCGAAGCUCAUGGUGCUGUCCCCGAAGUUCGCGGCACUGCCCCCGAAGCUCACAGCGCUGCCCCUGAAGCCCACGAUAAAAGGGCAUAAGGGCAAAAGCAAGAUGCAGGACACUAUGAGGCUGAGUGAGGAGGAGAAAGGCCCUGAAAAAGAAGAAACUGAUAAGCUGAAAGAAUUCUUCUCUUCGUAUUCAGAUGAAGGACUUCAAGCUUGCGCUUCCUCCGCAGAACCUCCUUCAACAUCUGGACAACCAGACUACUUACUAAAAUACACAACUAUAAUCUCAGAAGAGCAACGCCAGAGUUACAAAAAUGACUUCAAUGCAGAGUAUGAGGAAUACAGGAACUUGCAUGCUCGGAUGGAGAGUAUCACCAGAAGAUUCACGAUGCUUGAGGCACAAUGGAAGUGUCUUCCUGCGGGGUGCAAAGAAUAUCAGGUCCUUCAUGAAGAAGUCAUCGAGGAGUAUCAGAAGAUAAAACGGUCUGCUCCCAACUACUAUGAAGAGAAGCAUAGAUGCGAGUAUCUCUACGACAAGUUGGCUCAUAUUAAGAAACUAAUAGGGGAAUAUGACAACAAGCAAGAACAAUGGCAGUACGCUUCUGGUUCAUCUGAAAAUGGUGAAUGAACGGAAGCUUAUUUAUGUUAAACCUUAAAUCAGUUGCUUUAAGAUUCUAAAAAUUCACAUCAAACUUUUGCAUUACACAAGUUUCAGUAUUAGCAGACUUAACUACAUUUGUUGUUCUUGAUGUUGCUUAUAUGCGUAUAUAGAUAUAUGCGUAUAUAUAUAUAUAAGCUGCUUUUUCUGGUCCCUUCUUUUCUUCAAGUCUUAUGUUUGUCCUUUGAAAUAUCAGUAGACAUUGGGGAUUCAUUACCUUUACUAUGAAGUUGUGCACAAUUUAAGAAAAUAUUGUAGCAAAGGUAAAUGCUUUUGGAUAAGUAUAAGGCUGUUUUCUGACCUUUCUUGUUAAUGCGAACUCUUUGCCUUAAAUGGUAGAAGAUUUAGAAAUUUGCACAAAAUACAAAAAAAACCAUCCCAUUGUUUUGGAGGGUUAAAGAGGCAUGAAUAUGUGCUGUAUACAGCCCGUUCCGUUACAAAAGAAACUCACCUCUGCAACUUAAACCCUCCAUUGCAGUGGUUGCCUUAAGGUGUUUGCUUGUGUGUAUUUAGUGUAGUUAAAUUAUUAGCUGCACUACUUCCCACUUUGCUGAAGCACCUGGGAAGCACUACAUGGCCUACCAGUGUCUGGAAGUGUGCACUUGUGCUCUGUGUGUGUGUUAAUGAGACUCUGUGGGUGUGAGCAUGAGUGAUGGGGGAAAAAAAAAAAGCUGCUACUCUAACUAAGCCAAACACUCAGGUUAAAACAACUGGCGAGUGUUGCUGUAGGUUUUUUCCUAUAGAAUUGCUACUUCUGUUGUGGAAGAUGAGAACAUUUCCAUUUCAAUAGUUUGUCAGCUUUAAUAAAAUCGGGGAAAUUGAUACUUUACAAAAAAAGGCACAGAUAUAUAGUUUUUGGGCAAGAUUAUAAAAUUAAAUAUGUAACUUACCUAUUUAUAUAUGACUAUAAAGUAUUUUUUGAAGAGAGAUAUGCAAAGAAGCUAUUGCCUACAUGAAAUGUAUAUUUAAAGAUUUUUAUCCUGGGUGCCAGGAAUAUAACAAAGACAAGAUAUAUUUAACUAUAAGAUACUGUGAUCACCGGACUUUCAUUUCAUGGAGUUUUUUGGUUUAUUUUAAUGUAAACCAUUACUUACCUUAUCAUGUGAAAAUGCAGGUUAUUUGGUCAAAAUUGAGCAACAUCUUAGUGUGUCUUACUGUGCUUGUCUUUUCAAAUUGCUGGCAAUUGAAAAGGGAAGCAUGGUAAUUACAGAUCUGAUUUCAGACUUUUUGCCAAAAUUUUGGUAGUAUCACUAAUAGAUUUUUAUCUCCAGCAUAAAAAAAAACCAAAAACAAAAAAACAACCUGUUGUCUAUCACUGUAAACCAGAAAAUGUUUGAUGCCCAGAAAACAUGCAGUCAGGUAAAUGGGAGCAACUGAAGUUUUGCCUUAAAUUUGUGGGUUCAAAACACUACAUCCAUGCGGAGGGAACAGCAAGUGAGGUGACAGUGAGAUUUGUGUUACCUACUUGAGACCAAGUUGAUUUGGGGUCCCUUGCAUUAGUACAGUUGUUUUCAACUUCACAUUUCAAACUGGAGGAUGUAUCCCAUUAAGAGCUGCAUUCAUCUGGGUUUGACAACCGAACUUGGUCCUUGGCGUGCACAUGCGCUCAUGUGCCAGGUGUCAAUGCAGGGCUGAUAAAUUCACUGCAGCUCUGCUGCCGCUGCACUGGGUGAUUAGCUUUCAGCUUUGAAAGAAAGUGGAUGUUCAGAUUAAAAUAAUGUGAAGUUGCUGGUAUUGGGCACCAUUUCAGCAGUUCUGUGCUGUUUAACUGAAGUGUGUGCCUGGAUCUGACGUUAACUGCCAUUGUGGGACACACGAUGCUGCUACAGCUGUCCCGGUGUGUUGCGAUCAUCCCUAGCACUAUCACUGUAUCACUGAGGCCCAGUGCAGUUCAUUGAUUUCACCACCACCACCACCACCACCAUCUUUUGCCAUUGAUCUGUAUUCGCAUGCAUCUUCUGGUUUACAGGCUGCAUAUGUGUGGCAGCUGGAGGUUAGUGCUACUCCAUGGCGUACCAUCAGCAGACCUGACAAGCUGCUUGAGGGUUUUGUCCAUUUGCAUUGAGCACUUCUGAAGCC